CAUUUAGUGAUCCGGAAGUGAAUAAUUCGGAUAGUCUUAGACUUUUACAUUCACAUCAAUCAAUACGAAAUAAGACGAAAUGCUGGGUCUGAAAUAUUUUGCAUAGAUCUAUAGAUAGAGUUGUCUAAGGAACUACUGGACUGGGAUAGUGAUUAUGUCACAGAAUAAGAAAACAUCAACUUGUCCACACGUGACCAGUCUCGGGGCUGUUUCAUGGAGCAUCAUCCGAAAAGCUCAAAAGCAUGAGGUAUGUGAUACGUGUGAGAUGCGAGCCACAAACCUUUGGCUAUGUUUGGUUGGCAGAUGCACAUAUGUCGGGUGCGGAGAAUCGUUAAAGGACCACAGCUCACAUCAUGCUCAGUUGGAUUUUCAUUGCUUGGCGAUUAACCUGGCAACGCUACGGAUCUGGUGUUACCGUUGUCAAUCCGAGGUGUUCCACGAUCGAAACAAUCCCCCUGUGUUAAUUCCGGACAAGUUAAGCAAGGAGAUGGAAGAAGAUGAUCAGCAUAGUGAGUUUACACCGGAUAACUCUCCGCAACAUUCUGCGUUCGGUGGCGACGACACGGAGUCUGAUGGUGAUGACGAGGUGCACCACGGUAAACCUAAAGGUUUAACCGGUCUACAGAACCUUGGCAACACUUGUUACCUCAAUGCUGCCUUACAAGCCUUGUCUAACUGUCCACCAUUGACGAGAUUUUUCCUGGAUUGUGGUGGAUACGUUCAUGCAGAUCGUAGUAUGUCGCUCAGUAAAAACUACAUGAAACUUAUGCACGAGAUAUGGCAUCGUAAAAGACCGAGUUACUUGGUACCAAGCGGCAUAGUGAGUGGUAUAAAGUUGGUACAUCCGAUGUUUCGAGGCUAUUCCCAACAGGAUACUCAAGAGUUUCUUAGAUGUUUCAUGGACCAGCUACAUGAAGAAUGUAAACAACCAAUCAUUGAGGAGCUUGAUGACCGGGAGGCGGAGACUGAAAUUCAUGAAGAACACCACACCUCUCAUGUUAUUGGUCGACAGUUGUCAAUGGAAACGAGCAGCUGCAGUAGCCAAUCAGAUGGUGACUAUGAAACUUGUGAUUCUGCCAUAGGAAGUGAACGCGAUAUCAACCACUCUAGUGAUGAAAAUAGUGAUAUUAACGAUGUUGUCACAAAAAUGAAUUUAUCAACAAGACAAAAUAGGUCAAAGAAUUCCUUUUGUAAGUCGGAGGAUGCCUCUGAUGCUAUAAAUAGACCUGGUUAUCUGAAAGUUAAGAAAGACAGUAUAAAUAUGUCAAUGAGAGCUGGAGACAAUACAAGCACUUGUUCUGAUGAUCAGAGAAGUGAUUCUGGCGACUUUGUUGACGCCGAGAAUGAACCAUUACGAUCGCGGCGUCGUGGCGGCAAGAGGACAAUGUCAGAUUCUUCAGACCGAGAUCAAGCAAACAUGUACAGCAGACGACAACCAGUCCAAUAUAAACAAUCUGUUAGCACAGGAAAAAAGAGGACUGCACAGUAUCAAAGUGUAAUAUCUGAUAUAUUUGAUGGAAAGUUGAGCAGUUCUGUACAGUGUCUUACAUGUGAAAGGGUUUCUACAACCAAGGAGACUUUUCAAGAUUUAUCAUUACCAAUUCCAUCAAAGGAUCAUUUGCAUAUGUUACAUUCAACAAGUCAUAACUCGGGACAAAAGGGCGGAGCAUGUAGUGAGGUACAUCAAGGAUGGUUGCAAUGGAUGGUAGAGUGGAUGAGAAGCUGGUUUUUGGGACCUGUAAUCACUUUACAAGAUUGUCUGGCUGCUUUCUUCUCAGCAGACGAGCUUAAAGGAGAUAACAUGUAUAGCUGUGAAAAAUGUAAAAAGUUAAGAAAUGGGUUGAAGUAUUCCAAAGUUUUACAACUACCAGAGAUAUUAAGCAUACACCUCAAGAGAUUCAGACAUGAGUUCUACUCAUCCAAGAUCGGCACUUAUGUGUCCUUCCCCCUGACCAAUCUAGACAUGAAACCAUACCUUCAUAAAGAUCAUGUAAGCAAUGUAACAGUCUAUGAUCUUGUAGCAGUGAUCUGUCACCAUGGAACAGCUGGAGGUGGUCAUUAUACAGCAUAUUGUCAGAAUGUGCUAACAGAACAUUGGUAUGAGUUUGAUGAUCAGUAUGUGACAGAAGUGGACGUAAACCAGGUCAUCAACUGUGAGGCUUAUGUCCUCUUUUAUAGGAAACAAAAUGACCACAUGAAUAGUGUAAGACAAGAGGCUAUGGAAUUGAUGAAUAAAAGAGAGCCAAGUUUGAUGCAUUUCUUUGUAUCAAAGCAGUGGAUUAACAGAUUUAACACCUUUGCAGAACCAGGACCAAUCACAAACCAGGAUUUUCUGUGUCCACAUGGUGGUAUGUAUACAUGAAAUAAAGUGCUUC